UCGUAUUUCCGGCAUGAUUUACCGAUAUUUACCCCCUCCUUUCCCACCGCCACAGGCAGGCCACGUAUUAGGUUGUGCGUGGCUCUUGCCUCAUUGGCGUCUGUUUCCCCGUCCAAGACGGUUGUAUUCUUUGUAAGUCAAAGAAAUUAUUUCAAAAUAUUUUUUCGUACAGAUACGUAGUCGUAAAAAAAAAAAAAAAAAAGACAAUUUGAUAAUUACUGGAAUUUUGGUAAGAUACCUACCAAAUUUUUAUUAUUAAUGUUUGCUUGAGCUGCUGCUUCGUUCAGAUUUAACAUGAAUAAUGCUAAUAGUAAAGACGAUGGUGAGAACGAUAACCGAAAAAGUGAUAGUUCCAGCAAUAGUUCAUCAAGCAGUGAUUCGGAUUCAUCAUCCAAGAGACGGAAUCGUAAGAAGUAUAAAAAAGACAGGAGAUCAACCAGGCUGCUUAAAAAGCUAUCAAAAGAAGUAAGUGAAUUACGUAAUCAAGUUUUCCAUCAACAAUGUCAAUCUACCCCAAAUUAUGUUGCUUUAGAGAACGAUAAUUUUAUUGAAGCUAAUAUUAGUGGUGAUUUAUUCAGUCCAGCGAUAAAUAUUACGUCUCCCAGUGGGGUGUCUCCUAUUAAGGUUACAAAUGAACAAAGUUUUAGCAUAUGUUUAGACACUAGUCUUAAAGAACCAACUAUUGCAAAAGCUUCCGCUGAAUAUAUCACCGCAAUAAAUAGUCUUCAACGUUUUGGUGACUCUACUUGGAGUGACGUCCGUUACUCUGAGGUUCAGAAAACUUAUAGCCACUCUCCGGGAUUUAUUGAAUUAGAAGUAAAUGAUGAAAUUAAAUCAUUUGACACGGCUAAAAGUUUUUCCUUCAUUGAAAAAAGUUAUGCUACCCUAACAUAUGCAUUACUAAAACAAAAAGAAACUCUGGAAUGUGGCAUACGAGAUUUUCUUAAGUGGUCCCAGGAAUCGGAAAUGAUAACUUAUUUAGACAUAAAGAACAAGAUGGAAGAUAUUUUCUUGAAAGGUGAUUUUCACAAGGUGUCUUCAGACGCUAUGCAGUUAGUAUGUGGACAUAGAGCUGACACGAUCCAACAAAGACGCGACGCCAUUUUAAAGUACGUUAAAGAUCCCUUAGUUAAAACAGCUCUGAGGAAGAUUCCACCAUCUUGUUCCCAUUUAUUUGAAGAGCAGACGUUUACAUCAGUGUUGGACAAAUAUGGCGGUGUAAGGAAAAUUUUCUGGACGAAGCCGAAAGCCAACAAACCUUCUGUGCAAGCAGGUCCACAUAAUAUAUGUCGUCAUCCCGCACAGGGCGUACCCGACUUCUUGCAAAACGAGGACUGGUUAGUGAAAAUAGAUUUGAGUCAAGCCUACUUUCACGUGCCCGUAGCAGAAAGACAUCGUUGCUUCCUAAGGUUGAUUUUCAAAGGAGAAUUGCUACAAAUGACGUGUCUACCAUUUGGAUUAAGUUCGGCACCGAAGGUGUUUGCGACUAUAACAAAUUGGAUUGCUCAGAUCCUUCGAGAAAAGGGCAUCAGGCUUCUAGUAUAUUUAGACGAUUAUCUUUUAGCACAUCGGGAUCGGAACAUUCUGGAAGAUCAAGCUUUGACAGUCAUCAAAACGUUAGAGCGACUAGAUAGCCCACGUAGUUCCGGAUUAUGUAUCAAUCGACCUUUGGGAUCGCCAAGCUGUCUACCACGAUGCUCUCAGCCGGAAUUGGAACUACCAAUUAGCUUGGGUAUUUCCACCACCGUGCCUAGUACCUCGAGUAUUACUACACAUGAACCAAGCAAAGGGCAUAUUUUUAAUAGUGGUUCCACGUUGGGAACAAGUAUUUUGGCGCACAGACCUCGAGAAAAGAGCAGUAGCACCACCACAUACAAUUUCGGAACUGCACGAGGUCCUUAUCGAUGCGACUACCAACCGGCCACCACCGAACAUCAAAUCGAUAAUUCUAGAAGUUUGGAAAUGUGGGGGUGGGCCAGUGACCUAACUGAUUGGACCGAAGAACAAAAACAUAUGCUAAAAUCUGGAUGGCGACAAUCAACUUUAAAAACUUACAAGUCUGCAUGGAUGCGAUGGGUUCGUUGGGCAGAGCAAAAUCAUGUUAACCGUAAUGAUCCACAAGGAUCAGACUUAGCACGCUACUUGAUUGAUUUAUCUCAAAAAGAGGGUCUGUCUUAUAAAACUAUACUUUUGCAUAAGUCCGUAGUCGCUACACUCAGUAAUACUAAUUCAUCAUGUUUGAGUUCUCAUAUAUUAGUCAAACACGCUUUGAAGGCAAUUUCUUUAAAAUCACCAGUUCCAGGAAAACCACCUAUAUGGGAUGUUUCCUAUUUAUUAAACUAUUUGUCUAACUGUCAAAGAGACAACAGUAGUUUGUUCAGAAUAUCCCAGCUAACUGCUAUUUUAUUAUUGCUUUGUUCUGGAAGGCGUGUACAUGAUUUGACCCUGCUCGAUGUCACACCCCAGCACAUGAUAAUAGAAGAAAACUGCAUAAUCCUUUGGCCGCGCUUUGGGUCAAAAACUGAUUCCUGUGAUUAUAGACAGUCUGGCUGGAAAAUUAUUGCAAAUGAAAAUUGUCAGUUAUUAGACCCUGUUUAUUGGAUAAAACAAUUAGUAAAUGCGUCCCAAUCAAGGAGACUAGAAUGUAGUCAAAGAUUACGCAAUGCUCUAUUCUUAACAGUAAGAGGUGACCCUAAACCUGCCUCUCGCACCGUGAUCGGAGGUUGGGUAAAAGCCUUACUCAAUGAAGCUGGUAUUAAAGCUACUCCUGGUAGCGUCCGAUCAGCAGUAGCUUCUAAGAAUUGGGUGGAUAACUUUCCUUUAGAUUCAAUUCUAGCUCAAGGAAAUUGGCGGUCAGCAGAAACUUUUCGCCAAUUUUAUCGUCGUGAGAUUAUGCAAAACAAUCUAUAUAAUGAAAAUAGAAAUAAUAUUAGCGUUUUAUUUAAUCCAGUCUAGCAGCACUUGCUAAUUAAAAUGAAUGAAUAUGAAAGUUAACAUGUUUUGAUUUACACUACGCAUACGUAUUAAUAUUGUUUUAGUUUUGUUUGAGAAAAUAGAACUUUGAAUGAUUAUACUUAAGGCAAGACUUAUAUAUACCUAUAUAAAAUAAAUAAUAUUUUUUGCAAUUAUUUACUUUUACUUCCCCUCUAUCAUACAGCCUAUCUUCACAGAAAUAGCAUUUCCAGUGUGUUCUCGUCAAUAACAACGACAUCACAUUGGCGCUUUCCACCGCCAGGCGAUAACAAACACGUCUCUCAUUUAUUUAUAGGCUUCGAAUAGCGUACAGUGUUUAAUAUGAGCGUUUUACCUUACAAUAAAACGCUUAUUAAAUACUUACCUAUUCGAAGCCUAUACAAUAAUACCUGCCUGGCUCAUAAACGAGACACAAUGAGGCAAGAGCCACGCACAACCUAAUACGUGGCCUGCCUGUGGCGGUGGGAAAGGAGGGGGUAAAUAUCGGUAAAUCAUGCCGGAAAUACGACAGAAUACGGAAACGGAAGUGCCACUCUCAUUUAUUUAUAGGCUUCGAAUAGGUAAGUAUUUAAUAAGCGUUUUAUUGUAAGGUAAAACGCU